AAUAAGACGCAAGGUUUUGACAAAGGUAAACGUAACACGGGUUCAAACGCUAUGAAGACAGUCAUCGCUCGUAUCCUACUGUGCAUAGGCUAGUCGUUGUUUAACCACUCCUUGUGCCACCUUGUUAAAUUAAUUAUAAGAAUGCUAUUGGGUGUCUGGUCAAACCCUCAGGGACACGCAGAUUCAGCAAGCACAUCUGUGGCUGAAACAAGAAACCUGUGUUGCAGAUAGGUGUCGUGGGGUGGGUCGGGUUCAGGCAGGGGAGAGGGGCAGAGACAUUCUUCAGCGAGAGACGCCAAACCCCCACAGCCGACAGAUGAAAGGAGCAGUGGAAUAUAGAAGCUAACCGUGAAGUGUCGGCGGUGACAUCUCCAUCAACAUACAAUAACGGCAGAUCGACUUCGGAAGAGACUUUCGGGAGAAAUCUUUGCUGUGCCCAUAGUGCGCGGAGCGCGCGCCUACGAGCGUAAACUGUUCCGGAGAUGCCCGGACAGACUGCGCGUGUUCAGAGCACGGGAACAUCUCGUCUCGACAGCAUGUCUAACGGAGGAGCGCCGCUUGUUGCUCUCACCGAAACACGCAACAUGAAUUCAAUUUGCGGAUAUGAAUCUUGAAUGGAAAGUUUUCUGUCCAUCCGAAAGGGUUUUGUACCCUGCUUGAGGCGCGCCGCAGUGAUGGAUUAUUUUUUCAGGCGAAAGAGAGUUUUCAAGACUCUCUUAACUUUGGCCCUUGUUUUUGCCACCCUGCUGAUGAUACAAAAAUUCAAGGUGCCUGAAAACAAUAUGAAGGAAAUACAUUUGGACGUUAAAAGCAGUUGGUGUGGACCUGAGUGCCAAUUAGUUAAGGGGAAAUCUUCCGUCAAGUCUCCCGCUGGAAAUUAUUCGUCGCCGGCUCAGGUCGAUGAUUCGAAUGCGGCUCAUGUCCUCGUUACUAAGCCCAGCCCGACAUUCUGGGACGUGGACGUGAUCAACUGUACCGAAGACCCGUCCGUGCGGGCUAAAGAUUGGUUUCGACGCCUGGACGCGAGGUUUCAUCAGUUUGUGCUGCACAGACAUUGCCGCUAUUUCCCCAUGCUCAUUGACCACCCAGAGAAAUGUCGGAGUGGGGACGUGGAGCUGCUCAUGGUGGUCAAGUCCGUUAUCGAACAACACGACAGGCGUGAAGCCGUGCGCAAGACAUGGGGGAAAGAGCAGGUCAUCGAUGGCAAACGAAUUAAGACUUUGUUUCUCCUUGGAACCCCAUCAACUGGUAAGGAUGCAAAAAACUUGCAGAAGCUAGUGGAAUAUGAGGAUAAGAUAUAUGGAGAUAUUUUACAGUGGGACUUCAUGGACACCUUUUUUAAUCUCACGUUGAAAGAGGUGAAUUUUCUGAAAUGGUUCCACAUUCACUGUUCCAAGGUUCAGUUUAUCUUCAAAGGGGAUGACGACGUUUUUGUGAAUACACAGAACUUGGUGGAACUUUUCGGUUUUAAGACAGAGGAGGGCAAAGUUGAGAAUUUAUUUGUGGGGGAUACAAUUGCUAAAGCCAUACCCAUCCGAAACCGCCAAAGCAAAUAUUAUAUUCCUAAAGAACUGUAUGAUAAACCCUAUCCGCCAUACGUGGGGGGAGGAGGCUUCCUGAUGUCAGCGCAGUUGGCCCGGAGACUGUUUGCGGUCUCGGAGGGGCUGGAGUUAUACCCCAUAGACGACGUGUUCCUCGGGAUGUGUUUGCAGAAGCUGCACCUUGCGCCGGAAAUGCAUCCCGGUUUCAGGACGUUUGGGAUCAUGAAACACAGGAAAAACAGCCCCAUGAACAGCGAGCCUUGCUUCUUCAAGAACCUCAUCAUCAUCCACAAACUCACCCCACAGGAGUUGCUCCGGAUGUGGGAUAUAGUGAAUAAUGAAAACCUCAUAUGCGCCAAGAGGACUCUCUUGUGAUGCGUUGCGGAGUCAAAGGGAAUGGUUAACCAGGACAGAGACGUAACCGACCUUGGACACCUUGAAACAUUUCACCUCGGCACUCACCCAGGAGCACAAAUGCUUCACUGUUCGAGCUGGCCCUCUGUAUUUAAGACACGUAUGAAAUAAGCAACCCCCUGGAACCAAGCUACUGUAAGAGCUGUGAGGGCCACCCCACGUCUAUAUAGUAGGAAAUACACUGCGCACUGCGCAACAAACUAUAGGCCUCGAGUGAACCACGACCAGCAUCGCUAUGAAUGUUCCAUUCCAGUGUGAAACUGGAAACAUGUAAACACAACAAACACUGUGAUGAAUGUUUUAUCAUGAAGCAUUGUCUUUGCACACAAACACUAAGUGAGGGACACUUGCUGACUGCGUUUUGCCCCAAUCCCAUGGCCUACAGGCCUGAACAAUAUGGAUACGUGUCUCUGCUGAAUCACCAGAUUGUUUUGGUAAAAAUACACUUGUGUAUGUUGUAGGAAUUAGGCAGAGACAGUAGAAACCAAAGAGCAGCCACUCCUGAGCUGAGACUGAGCCACUGCGCUGUAGGCCUUGCUGAGCAGGUGGAUGUGUCCCGAGCUGGUGUGUGGUGUGUCACAGGGCCUUGGUCUCGGAGCUGGUGUGUGGUGUGGGGCAGGGCCUUGGUCUCGGAGCUGGUGUGUGGUGUGUCACAGGGCCUUGGUCUCGGAGCUGGUGUGUGGUGUGGGACAGGGCCUUGGUCUCGGAGCUGGUGUGUGGUGUGGGGCAGGGCCUUGGGCUCUGAGCUGGUGUUGGUCGUGUAAUAAAUGUCUUUAUUCUGUACAGGCAUCUCUCGUUUGCUUCUUGGUUGCAACAGUAGGCUGCUUAAAGGCUCAGCUGCAAGCACAAACAGGCCUGUUCUACACGGCA